AAAGAAAAAAGACCCUCUGCUCUCCAGGGCAUAUGGUCACGCUGGCCGAAGACAGCUGCUAAGGGCCAAUUAUUCAUUCAUUUGGGGGAUUGAGGUGGAGGCAGGGGGAGAAAAGUUUAGCUAAUUUACAACUGAAGAUGAGCCUGGUGUUGCAGUUCUGCUGAGGUUUUGGGAAGGAGUGUGUUUGUUAAAGUUUGUAUAUAGAGUGUGUGUGAAAAGCAAAGGCUAAUAACUCUAAUUGCAGUCUUUGAGCAACUGUGCGGUUCCCUGGGUUGAAAGCUUGUAUGAUGCCCAGCCACACACGCUGUCAAUCCUGACACACUGAGACCAACCUGGCAUCACCAUGCCGUGUCGGACACAGGCAGAUGGUAGAACAUCUGAUGGCACGAGAUAGGAAAUUCUGAGAAUUCAUGGUGCCCUAGUGCUUAAGUUUAAGAAAAAACAACUACAAGUUCUGCAGAUGCAUUAAGAGCCAAUUCAUUGCUAAAUCAACAAGCUGUGGAAUUCUGUGUUUGUGAAUUUAAAGUACAAAGUGCAGCAGUAUUGUUUGCACUCGUUUGUGCGUGUUGCCAAUCUGGGCCAGGGGUCCAGCAGAGCUUUUAUCAAACACACUCAAGCUAACUCAAGCACUAACCUUUAAUGACACACCACCCCUGUGCUUUGGAAAGAAAUGGAUGGUUUGCGGAAAGGUCGGGGACAGUAGGAAGGGAACCAUCACUUUCCCCGUAGCGGAUGUAAUUUGGGAACAAAAUGCAUUGCUUGGAGACUGGUGGAAGCAUUUGUCUAAAUUUUUCUGAAAGGAACUGCAAUAAAGUCGAGAAGCACCAGUGGAGUUUAAAUUGAAAUUUUUGGAACCAUUUUCAGAUUUCUUUCAUCUCAUCAAUCCUUUUUUUCCUCAGAGUCUGUUUUGAAACACCCGUCGUGUUGGCGUACUUUAGGGAAAGCACGGAGUGGAGUAUGACCAGUUGUCAGUACCCCAUGCCGCCCCCGGAGCGGGACCGCAUGUACCAGCACAAAGUGUCGCUGGUUGUGCGAUACUUUAUGAUCCCUUGCAACAUCUGUCUCAUACUGCUGGCCACUUCCACGCUUGGCUUCGCUGUGCUCCUCUUCCUCAAUAACUGUAGGUCACAGUUAGUGAAACAUGACAUGCAGUAUAAACCUGUUCACUUCACACCGGCUCCACCUCCUGAUGGUUGCCGAGGUAAGUUGUGUGGAUUUGGGGCGGUUUGUGAGAGAGAUCCGGCUGACCCAUCUAAAGGGGAGUGUGUGUGUAAGAAGAUUGUAUGUACAACCGUGGUCGCGCCAGUGUGCGGAUCAGACUCCUCCACCUAUUCCAAUGAGUGUGAACUGGAGAAGGCCCAAUGCAACACACAGAGACGCAUCAAGGUGAUGCGCAAAGGCCCCUGUGCUCUGAGAGACCCAUGCAGCGAAGUGACCUGCAGCUUUGGUAGCACCUGCAUCCAGUCAUCAGAUGGCCUGUCUGCCAAAUGCAUGUGUCCUUUGACUUGUGAGAAUGUCCCCAAGCACGUGGUAUGUGGCAGCGAUGGUCUGGAUUACCAAAGCGAAUGUGAACUCAACAUGAAAGCCUGCGCCACCCAGAAGAACAUCUGUGUGCAUCACCAAGGCCGCUGUGAUCCUUGUAGUUACAAAGACAACAGCUUAAACCUGGCCUGUUGGGUGGAGCCAAAAACCUACAAGGAGUUGACCUUCACCCCACCAGAGUCCUGUCCGCCCGACAGAACACCCAUCUGUGCCAGCGACGGGCGCACCUACAAGAGCGAGUGUCAGAUGCUGCGGACGGCUAUGCAGAACAACCUGGAGCUCAAGAAGGUCUCCACAGGCAGCUGCAAGGUGGAAGGGGGCUGUCCAAGUGGCUGUAAGUUCAACGCACAGUGUUUGCUGGAAAACGGACAGUUUCGGUGUUCCUGCGACCCCAUCCAAUGCGACGGCACAUACAAGCCCCUGUGCGGAAAAGAUGGCAAGAUGUAUCCCAACGACUGUGAGAGGAAACUUCAAGAGUGCCGGACCAAGACCGACAUCCCCAUCAAACAGCAAGGGCCCUGUGAUCUUAAUCGGGAGAGUCCCUGCCUAAAGAAGACCUGCAAUUUCGGAGCCGUAUGCGUGGUGAAGAAUGGCGAGCCUGUGUGCGAAUGCUCAGACGCAUGUCCUCAGGACCAGGACCCAGUUUGUGGCAGUGAUGGGCACACAUACAGCAACUCCUGUCAAAUGAAGGCCAUGGGAUGCGCCCUACAGAAACAGAUACAGAUGCAGCACAAAGGACCAUGUGCAGAUGAAUCCUGCUCCAACUGCUCCUUUGGCGCGAUCUGCGACAUUCAGACCGGCCAGUGCGUUUGCCCCAAAGGGUGCAUUGAAACACGUCAGCCUGUGUGUGGAAGCGAUGGGGUGACGUAUGACAACGAGUGCAAACUGAAUGUGAAAGCCUGUGCUAAUCAGCUGGAUCUGAGAGUGGUGGCCCAUGGAGAAUGCAAAACCUGUGGCAGCACUGUGUGUAGCUGGGGCGCGCGGUGUGUACAAAACAAGUGUGAGUGUCAGCAGUGCACGGGUCAGCUGGUUAAACCCGUGUGUGGCAGCGAUGGCACCACCUACAACAACUACUGUGAGCUGCGACUGGCCUCCUGCAAGACACAGAGGAAGAUAGAGGUGGCCAAACCUGCCGUCUGUGAUGAAGAUUGUGGAUCAGGAGGUUCGGGCUCAGGAUCUGAGACCUGUGAACAGGAUCGGUGUCAAAGGUACGGUGGAUCGUGGGAUGAUGACACGGAAGAUGAUCGCUGCAUGUGUGACUUCACCUGUCAGACUGUGCCACGCAGCCUGGUUUGCGGCUCAGAUGGGAACACAUAUGACAGCGAGUGCGAACUCAAGAAGGCCAGGUGCGAAAAGCAAAUGGACCUGAUGCUCCAAAGCCAAGGCCCCUGUCCAGCUGCCACAUCAUCUCCAACAGACUUGAUUGCCCCCCAGCACUGCAGUGAAACUCUUUACGGAUGUUGUCAAGACAACAAGACCGCUGCCCUGGGUGUUGGACUGGCAGGAUGUCCCAGUGUGUGUCAGUGUAAUAAUUAUGGUUCAUAUGGAGGCACCUGUGACCCCUCUACCGGCCAAUGCUCCUGUAAACCAGGCGUUGGGGGACUCAAGUGUGACCGCUGCGAGCCUGGAUUCUGGAACUUCCGAGGCAUUGUGACAGAGAACAUGAGUGGCUGCACACCGUGCAACUGUGAUGGAGUGGGCUCAGUUCGUGAUGACUGCGAGCAGAUGUCAGGGCUGUGCUCUUGUAAGCCCGGAGUUAAGGGCAUGAAAUGCAAUGUGUGCCCUGACGGCAGCAAGAUGGGAGCCAACGGCUGUGACAAAGGUCCUGAGGUACCCAAGUCCUGUGAUGAGCUGUUGUGCCACUUUGGGGCAUCAUGUGUGCAGAUGAAUGGUCAGGCUCACUGUGAAUGCCCGUCACCAGACUGUGACGAGAAGAAUAAGACCAAGGUAUGUGGUUCAGAUAGGGUGACAUAUGCAGACCGGUGCCAGCUGAGAACCAUUGCGUGCCGACAAGAUAAGGAAAUCACUGUGGAGUAUUUAGGCCAGUGCAAAGAAUCCAUUGAGCCGGCGGCCAAACCCACUCCCUUCCCAACCACUCCCCGCACCACCCCUCCCACCGCUCACGUCAAGAUCACCAACCAAGGCUAUGGCUUCACCACCACCUUCACCACCACUACAAGCAUUCUUGAAGAUGAAGACAGCAUUGGGUUGGAGGCACUGCCUCAUCCGUGGGUGGAGGAGGCUGAAAAUACCUCCAGCUCUUUCACCAAGCACCACCUCACCACACCCUCCAAACCACCUCAUGCCUCAUCUCCACCCCCGGGCUCCAGCCAUGGCCUCGAGGAGGACUCGGGCAGUGGAGAGCCCAGUGGAGAAGACGACAUGGAGGGUAGCGGAAUGGAGGCGAGCGGAGAAGAGCCACUUGGUACAACAGUAGCAACUACCACUCUUCCCACAGCCGAGGAGCGGUCUUCCUGUGACAACAUGCCAUUUGGCUGCUGUCCAGAUGGGAAGACGGCCGCCAUCAACUCUGAAGGCACUAACUGCCCCUCCACCAUGCGCUUCAGUGGCUUCCUGCAUCUAGAUAAGGUGGAAGGUCAGGAGGUCUUCUACACGCCUGAGAUGGAGGACCCCAAGUCGGAGCUGUUUGGUGAGACGGCCAGGAGCAUCGAGAGUGAUCUAAAUGAGCUGUUCCGGAAGUCCGACAUCCAGAAAGACUUCCAGAGUGUCCGUGUGAAGAAUCUGGCCCCCAGCAACUCCAUAAUAGCCUUUAUAGAGGCCCACUUUGACCCAGACACGAGGUUUAGUGUGGAAGAUAUUGAGGGAGCUCUUCUCAAACAGCUCAAGGCAUCUAAAGACACUGGUAUCGUUGUGAAGAAACCUGAGGAAGAGAAUGUCCGCAUCACCAACUAUGGUCUUUCAGCUGUUCCGUUCUUCACCACAACCACAGUGGUGUCUGUCACAACUCCCACCACCACCACCCUGUCUCCCACUGCUGCCUUUACAACGCUCCGCCCAACCACCAACAGGCGGCUCUUCACCAGCCGCAAGACCACCACAGCAGCUCCAUCCACCACUACUACAACUCAGGCCCCCACCACCACAUUCUCACUGAGGACCAGGCCAGUGGCCCACGCCAUCAGACCAUGUGACUCACAACCCUGCCGUCACGGCGGAACCUGCGAAGAGGAAAAGAAUGACUUUAUCUGCAUCUGUCCCGCUGGGAGAGGAGGAGCCGUGUGCGAGAAAGUUAUAAAGUACUUCAUCCCAUCCUUUGGUGGCAAGUCUUACCUGGCCUUCCCGACUAUGAGGGCCUACCAUACUGUGCGUAUUGCCAUGGAGUUUAGAACAUCGGAAAUGACCGGGAUAUUGCUCUAUAAUGGCCAAACUGGCAAAAAGGACUUCCUAUCUCUGGCACUGAUAGGAGGAAAGGUUGAACUUAGAUUUAACACAGGUUCUGGUACAGCUUCAGUGGUCAGUAAGGUACUUGUAAAACCGGAUCGCUGGCAUCAACUAGUGGUAGUCCGUAACAGGCGUAAUGCCAUGCUGAGUGUGGACAAUGAGCCAAGCGUCGAGGGACAAAGUCCCCCAGGCACCGACGGACUCAACCUGGACACAGACCUUUUCAUUGGAGGAGUGCCUGAAGACGUGAUACAAGAUGUCAAGGAAAGGAUAUUGGUGGCCACAGGCCUGGUGGGCUGCGUCCGCAUGCUGGAUGUCAACAAUUACGUCUAUAACCUGCAGCAGAAUGGCGAUGGUGUUCUGUACGGCUCGGGUGUGGGCGAAUGCGGCAACAACCCCUGCUUGCCGAACCCCUGCAAUAACGGAGCCUCCUGCCAGGUCAAAGAAGCUGAGAUGUUCCACUGCAAGUGUGUCAAUGGUUUCUCUGGUCCAACCUGUGCUGAUGCCCACAACCCCUGCGACCCCAAUAAAUGUCAUCCGUCAUCACGGUGCCAAGUCCUGCCUGAGGGAGGUUACAAAUGUGAAUGUCCAAUGGGACGUGAAGGCAAGCACUGUGAAAAAGUGUCAGACAAGGGAGGAGCUUUUAUUCCAUACUUCACUGGGGACUCAUAUCUGGAGCUCAAAGGCCUUCAUCUCUAUGGCCAGGAUCUGAGGCAAAAAUUCAGCAUGACUAUCGUUCUGCUAGCCAAUGACUCCAAAGGCAUGAUCUUCUACAAUGGUCAAAAGAUGGACGGAAAAGGAGAUUUCAUCUCUCUCUCCCUAAAUGAUGGUAUCCUAGAGUUCAGAUAUGAUCUGGGCAAAGGGCCAGCUAUCAUUAGGAGUAGAGAGAAAAUCAAGCUGAAUGAGUGGAACACAGUGAAUCUGGAGCGGGCCAGCCGGAAAGGAGAGAUCAGCAUUAAUGGCAAAGAUCCGGUCAGAGGAGAGGCACCGAAUCAGCACACAGAUCUAAACUUGAAGGAGUCAUUCUUUGUGGGUGGAGCCGCUGAUUUCCGCAAAGUAGCUAGAGCUGCCGCCAUCAAAGAUGGCUUCAAAGGGGCCAUUCAGAAGAUUACUUUGAUGGGCAUUCCAAUCCUGAAGGCUGAUAAUGCCCUACACUCCAGUGAUGUGUCAAUGUACCCCCACCACCCAUGCUCCAAACAUGUUUGUGAGAAUGGGGGCCGCUGCAGCCCCCUUUUGGAAAGCUACGAGUGCGUUUGCCGCCACGGAUUUGUUGGUCAGCACUGCCAGGACGCAAUAUUUGAGAAAUCCGCUGGGGACACAGAGGCCAUUGCGUUUGAUGGUCACACUUUCAUUGAAUAUCACAAUGGAGUCACAAAGAGCCAACUGACCAAUGAGAUCCCAGACCCUGAGUCACUGGAGAACCCAUCUGACCAGAGUGAGAAGGCCCUACUGGUGAAUAAAUUUGAACUGAGUAUUAAGACUGAGGCUACCCACGGUCUGAUUUUGUGGAGUGGAAAGGGAGUGGAGCGCUCCGACUACAUCGCUCUCGCCAUUGUGGAUGGCCGUGUCCAGAUGACCUAUGAUCUGGGCUCCAAACCUGUGGUGCUCCUUUCCUCUGUGCAAGUCAACACUAACCGCUGGAUACGAAUCAAAGCCAGCAGAGCACUCAGGGAUGGCUCACUGCAGGUUGGUAAUGAGGCAGCUGUCACUGGGUCGUCACCCUUUUCUGCCACACAACUGGACACAGAUGGCGCUCUCUGGUUAGGUGGUCUGGAGGAGCUGUCUGUGGCCCGUCGGUUGCCCAAGGCUUACAGCACAGGCUUUGUUGGAUGUGUGAAAGAUGUGAUAGUCGACGGGGUGGAACUGCAUCUGGUAGAGGAUGCCUUAAACAGUCCCAAAAUAUUACACUGUACUGCCAAAUAGUCUGGCACCACGUUCCUCCCAACACCAUGUCUACUGCUGUAAUUAUUUUUCUAUUUUUUUGUAUACUUUUUGUUUGCUUUUUAUAUCAGAAAAAUUACAUUAUUUUAAUUAUAAUUAUGUUUUUCUUUUUCUUUUUUCAUCUCUACGUCCAUCCGUAAUCACAUCCUCAGUUGCAGGUGAACAUGGUGUCACAAGACAUGCAAAAAUUCGUAUUAUGUCUGUGCUGUAUCUAUGACAAACAAAAGAAAAACCUAUUUGCUCAUUACUUGAACAGUGGCAGAUGAGGUCGGUGCUGUUUGACCUUUCCGGAUUGCCUUCUCUUGGUGCCAUAGAUCGCUCCCUGUCCAACAGUCACAUACAUUCCUCUGAGCUCUUGUUGCGGUCCAUUACAUUUUAAAAGGUCUAAAAAAUGACUUCUGCUUAAUCAAGAAAUGACAGCAACUGUUUAAUAAGCUGAGCAAGUGUAUGUACGAUAUUCCUCAUUUAUGAUACCACUAAUGGGUGAAAGCUCAAUCAUUCAGAGCCUUGAAUCCCCUAGCUGAUAACACUUAGCAUUCCUCAAAGUUUUACAUAAUUUUCCAUGCAAAUGAUCGUUAUUGACCUGUGAGAUGUAAUAAGUAGUAAAGAACAUGAGACUGUGAAUUUUGAAGAUGCUAUAUUUUGUUGCAAACGUUCGUCUCAUGUGUUGUGCAUAUCUAAAGAGCAAUUGCAUAUAUACUGUAUGUGUGUGUGUGUGUGUGUGUGCAUAUAUUAUAUAUAUAUAUAUAUAUAUAUAUAUAUGUGACCACUUGUUGCAUGCAUCUUUUGAAGUGUUGUUGAUUUUGCCUUGGUUUUCUUUUAUCUUCAUCAUUCCAUUCAGGGCAGAAAUGUAGCUUACUUGGUGGACUACAUUGUAAUGUAAAUUACCUUUGUUUCUUCUGUUUUGACAUUUGAUCAUUCAAGUUGGGAGAAAUAUUUAAUUUUUUUAUAUAUUAGCUAUUUGUCAAUCUGGACUUCUUGUGUGUGUGAGUGUGUGUGUGAGUGUGUGUGUGUGUGUGUGUGUGUGUAUUGUAAAAUAUGUGCAAGGAAAAAGGAUUGUUACAACAACUCAACAUUGGGAGGUGCUGUAACACAGGAAGAGAUGUAUGAUUCAAUGGACACAUCGGGUGGACACAAGAGCAUUGAAAUUCUGGCAUGUUCAAUCAUCGAACAAAAAUAAUGUUUUCAAAGCAUUUUCCUAUAUCAAAUGAAACUAUUGCUGCCAGCACGCGCUAUAAAUAAAGGGAUGAUGUAUGUAGACCCCUCUGCAGCUUAUGACUGUGGCCCCCAAAACAGUUCAUGUCACAACAGUAACCAGUGAAAAUAUUAAUGCAUGGGUUUGUCAUGUCAAAAUGGUUUUUGUAACCUGUUUCAAGGCAGAUGAAAUGCUAUGGUUUCUACUGAUGUCUCAGUGUAAGAAAUAUUAUGAGUUUGAUAUCAGAUGCUUUGCAGUAUUUCUAAGCAAAUGUAUGCCUGCUAGGGUAAAGUAUCUUUGUCCCUUUUUGUUUUAUUUUUAUUUUUUAUUGUAUUUAUUUUUUUAUCCAAAUCUAUCACCCAAGGACAUGCAAGAUCAUAAACAUAUUAAGCCAUGUGAUUAUCAAGUGUAAAUUUAGCCAUAUGUUACUGAGGUUUUGUUUUAGUAUUAUACACUGAAACCAAGUCUGACUUUGUCUAUAAACAAAAGCAUAUCCUGAUGUGGCUUUGAGGAGGGGAUGGGUCAGGGAAUAAUUAAUCAUUUAUGUGUUUAAGUUUUAAACAGAAUCCACAGGAUGUCUAGUGUACUACACUAGAAGCAGGAGCCCUCCAUUACUGCACGAGCUACAGUAUGGAUUAUCCAUACUUUUUUAGUAUAGUAAUCUCACCUCAACUUUACCAGUGGAUUCUAUUUUUUGUCUCUUUUCUGAUAAUGGAAGUUAUUUAUGGACAUCAUUCAGUAGCUUUGCUCCUGCAUACAUAGAGUGCUCUCAAUGGACAAGGCCCAUAGUGUGGAUUGCCAUGGAAUCUGUGUGAUCAGAAUGGAAACUGAGAAAUGCCUUAAAAUCAUUCACCAUUCAUGGGUGACUAAAGUUAAUGUCCAUUUUGUACUGUGCACUCAACUUUAGCCAGUAUAUUAGUCUCAUUCCCAUCAUGUAAAUUAAUUCAUAAAUGUUAAUAAUUAUAUUAAUAAUGCUUAUGAAAAUUUCCAGAACGUCUCAAUAAUAGUGGUUCUGGACUCUACAAGAAUACUAUUUACUGUACAAAUAAUAUUUUCAGUAUCUUAUUUAUGUCGUAAAGAGGAUUCCCAGUCUGGCAUUUGUAUACUGUUUUGAUCGAACUAUCUGAAGCGCAGUGCACAGAAUUAGAGGCAUGAUGUUACCAUUACUAACUUUAAUACUUGUGUCUUGUGUUCCAACCACCAUAAAAUAAAAUGUUAAAUAAACUGGCCUGACUUUGAAACCUGUCUGUAACAUUUUACUCCUGAUAACAUUUGUGAAUAAAUCCCUCUGAUUCCCA